CCCCUCUCUCCUUCCCCGUUUCCCUUCAAAAUCGUGAGGAAGGCGUUGAGUAGGAUAGUGCAGCCAAUCACACCAUCAUUUUGUCGAUUUUUGUAUUUCUUUGAUCUUUUGUCUUCAAGGCUUUACCUACACCAUACACGCCGUACGCGAUGGCAAAUAUGGUAAUGAUGUUUAUGGCAAUGGUACGUGGGACGGAAUGAUUGGCGAAAUUCUUCGAGGGGAAGCUGAAAUGGCAGUUGCACCACUGACGGUGAAUUUCCGGCGAUCGGAGGUGGUUGAAUUCACAAAACCUUUUCUAUCUCUUGGAAUUAGCAUCCUCUACAGGGUUCCUGAUGAUCAUCAACCCGAUUUGUUCUCGUUCCUUAACCCACUCUCAUGGGAAAUUUGGAUGGCUAUACUCUCCGCUAUAGGUACGACAAAACCUUUCCCGUCCCUUUUUCCAAAAAUAAAAUUCUUUUUUUCCCGAUCCCAUGUUACAGUAUGCGUCACACUUGCUAUGUACAUUGUCUCAAGAGUAACUCCAUAUGAAUGGAAUCUGAACUUUUCCUGCUGCACAGCACAUCAGCCACAUCCUGGAGCUGCGUUUGUGGAUUCACCC